UUGCGUUGUUUUGUCAGUCUGCUGUCCGUAAUUUCUAAUAUCGGUUGCCGUUGAUACUACGCUAAAUUGUGAUUUGCUUAGUAUUACAGUAUAAACCUUUAUUAAACACAUAUCAACAAUAAUGGAUCAAAUCGCUAAGUUCGUCGAGCCUGGCAAGCAGUUCGCCAAGGACUCCAUCAGACUGGUCAGAAGAUGCACAAAACCAGACAGGAAAGAGUUCCAAAAGAUCGCGAUCGCCACCGCCAUCGGAUUCUGCAUCAUGGGUUUCAUUGGCUUCUUCGUAAAACUGAUACACAUUCCCAUCAACAACAUUAUCGUCGGAUCAUAAUUAUAGCAUAGUCUUAGAUAUAAACUACAUGUAAGGGCCCCAACAACUCUAAGUUAACUGUCUAACUUCCACAUCAAAUGUUUUUUAAAUAAAUUAUUUUCACUCCUCAA